AGCGCAUUGUCCGGGAUUCCCCCAGAGAUGCCGGUUGAGGAAGAAACAACGCGCCGUUCCCCAGGCCUUGUCCAAGAAGUGAAAUUCUACACUAACAAAUCCUUUACAGUUGAGCAUGUAACACUAAGCCCGGCGCGCUUGGAGUGCGAGCGCAUCCUCAUAUCGCUCGCUUCGCCCAUCUUUCGAUUAUGCACCAAACCGCAACCUGAUUUACCCAUCCAACAAACCGACGAGUUCCAAACCUGGCUAGGGCCCGAAGGGCCACCCAUAUUAUAUGUCCAUGGCAUAUGUGGUUCCGAACAGGCAGCGGAGCAGAUAUACUUCGCAGCUAUUGACCACUUUCGAGGAAUGCGGCAACUUGGUCAAAAUUACCAAGUGCUGUAUUUCUCGUUCGAUCAAUGGGAUGCUCGCCGUCAAUCCAUUACGAAUUUGGUAUGCACUAUUUGCGCCCAAAUAUAUAGCAUUUGCAGCGAUAGCCAAGAUCUGCGCACUAUUCUCCUUGGCUUCAAGCAUGGCUGGACCGAACGCCAUCUUUUGCAUUGUCUGUUGCGGUCUGGCUACAGUGAGGACGGCUACCCAUUCCUCACCCGUUGUCGACAAAUUACGCUUGUAUUGGAUCAGUUCGACCACUGCACAGAGGGAUCUCAGCUGGCCUUCCUCCAGUGGCUUCUUCAAUUUCAGGAUGUUCUCAAAUGGAAAGUGGUAUUGACAGCCGGCACGCCAAUCACGAUGCUGGAGAAACUUUCUGCAACAUCUUACAACACCCUGGAACUCGCUAAACUAAAGGGCUUUUCAACUGAUAGUUUGGAUGCCACUUUCGAAAAUGAAUGGAAGCGCCUCAUUCAGUGUCGACCGAGACUACGCCUGCAAUCCAGGUAUAUCCAACAAGAGAUUGACAAGGUCAAAGGGUUUUCCCCCGUCACAAGGCAACUUGUCCUUGAACAGGCAAGGAGUCGCCUUGAAUGGCCUGAUAUAUACUCACUCGGCGCUGAAUUCAGCCCGAUGGUGCACACUAUCCCCGGUUUAGAUGAAGACAUGGCUCUCACCUUCUUACUGGACUCAUCGUUUCGACGCGUCCCAGACCAAACGAUGCUCAAACGACUCCUGAGUCUGCUGCUUUACACCACACGGCCCAUAUCGAUAUGGGAGUUGGGAGAAGCGCUCCAGAUAGCCCCCGCCCAUGGCCGGACAACUUCAGUUCAUGACGAUCAAGACCCAAUGAGACACGUUUUUUACAUGCAAGACCUCUUAGCGGGUAUCAUCAAGAUUCAAAACAACGAGGUCACUAUCGAUCAGCGGCUUAGGAAGAUCUUGGUCCCCAACCAAUCCAGCCCACGUCAUUCCCCAAGUGAGUUACAGCAUAUCUGGGACGAUAUACCGCGAAUCGCGCAUCAUGAGAUUGCACGCACUUGUCUCCAAUUCUUACUUGAGCUCGACAAUGAUAACGAUAUCCAAAACGUCAUACAGAAGGGGAGCAGGCCAGGGAUGCUUAUUGCGCAGGAUCGCACAAACUUAUGUUCCUACGCGUUGCAGGAAUGGCCUUAUCACUUCGCUCAGGCUUCGAGUAUCCAGCAGGCGGAUUUAUUUGAGGUUUUUGUCAAACCGCAGGAGCGCCUUAUGACACAGUUGGCAGGCGGGUACUGGGCGCUGUCAAAUCAGAUAGUGAGGAGUGAAUCUCGCCCCAAGACAAUAUACUCGGUAUUCGCUGGGCUCGGCUUGGUCAACCUGAUUGAACCCCGAGAUGCGGAAGAUGCUUCACAAGGAAUGGUGGAAGCAGCGUCGAGAGGUUUGGAGCGGACGGUGAGGUCUCUGCUCAUAAACACCUAUGGCGAGCCGACGCUCCUGGAAGGUCUUUUAUCAGCAACAAUCUCCGGAAACGAGAAAUUUCUCCUUUACAUGACUGAGAAAAUUAUUCUUCAAAGUAAAAGCCCGGCUCAUAUACCUUGGCCAGCGCGCCUUAUGACGAUAGCGGCAGAACUUGGCUACCCAACCCUUGCAGAAAAGCUACUCGAGAUUGGUGUACCGCCCCCCGAACUCAAAGUCUCGACACCACGAACAACCAGCUUGGAUUUCCUACACGCCACACGCAACCGUCAUGCGGAGACUCUGGAGGUCCUUACCAGACGAUCAUUACAGACUGAGUUGUCGGGGGACGCUUCGCGGUAUGAUCCUAGAUUGCUCCAUAUUGCUGCACGACACGGCGACGAAAAAGCAAUACUGUUUCUGGCUAAUGUUGCUGGGCUUGACAUAGAGUACAAGGCUGAGGAGCUAGUUCUUGGUGACAUAGCUGGCACGCCCCUCUGUUGUGCAUGUGAGCUUGAACAGCAUCGAGCCGUGAAAGUAUUGCUUGAACUCGGGGCAGAUCCCACAGCGGGUAUCUCUACCUCAUCUACAACGCUCACCGCAACACCGAUCACAAUCCCCUCUAGCCUAGGCAACACUAAAUGUGUUCAGCUUCUUCUGCAACAUGGAGCCAACCCAAACAUGGGCGGCCAAAAACCGCCUCUUGAAAACGCAGCUUUAAAUGGGCAUAUCGAGACCUGCCGCUUGCUCCUCCAACAUGAGGCUGACCCAAAUAAUCCCCUUCUCACGUCCCCAAUCCUCAUAUCAUUACUUAAUGCCGAAGAUUGUUCACGCGGCGGUGACGCCACUGUUAGCGCUUUGUUCAGUUUGUUUCUGCAAAAUGGAGCAAACGCAAAUGCCCGUGACUGCUCAGGGUUGUCUAUUCUUUCCCAUGUGGCGCAGCGCUUGAACGGUGCAGACCUGUGCCGGAUCCUCCUUGAAAACGGUGCCGACUUGAACCUUGUCAACGAUAAAGGAUUAUCACCUCUUCACUUUGCAGCUGCGCACGGCAACGUUGACGUCGCUCAAGUUCUUCUGGACAACGGGGCAAAAGUCAACCAAAGAGCUGUCGCUGGCGACACCCCUUUAUACUAUGCUCUGAUCAUGUCACCCAGUGGCGAAAUUACGGCUCUUCUUUUGGAACACGGCGCCAAGGUUGACGAGGAAUAUUACACACCGACUGGGCGUAACUCGAAUCGUGGCACGACAGCCAUAUUUUUUGCCGUCCAAUUAAAUGAUACAGAAAAAGCUAUGUUGCUCGCUGAGCAUGGAGCAGAUCUUAGACGUAAAGAUGCCGAUGGCUGCGGACUAUUCCUUGUCCCUACGAUCACCGACACACACCUGGCCUUACUUUCAUCAUACCUUCCCAGGCUCGACCUAAACAUGGUUGAUUCUACCGGAGCGACGGUGUUGCAUCUUGCGCACCGCAUCAGCUUGAACCAUGUCAAACGUCUCGUCAAUAUGGGCGCGACGAUAAACGUCCAAGACAAUAUGGGAUAUACGCCCCUUUGCCAGGUUGUUUAUAGAGGCUUACUGGAUAAGGCGGACUACUUGCUUCGAAAAGGAGCUGAUCCAAACAUCAAGCCCAAUCCUUUCACUAGAGGAUACUUUGGUUCCCCCAUUCACGCUGCGUCUCUGAAUAGACCAGCAAGAUUCAUCCAGCUCCUUCUCGACCAUGGGGCGGAAGUAGAUGCCAAAAGCUCGUGGGGCUGCCUGCCAAUCCACUAUGCGGCAUUCGGUGGAAUGGGCAACUUCCAACAGAUAUUAGACGCUGGGGGUCGCGUUGAUGUACGUGAUAACCCGGGUCGAACGCCGCUACAUUGGGCAGCCCAGGCAGGCUGCGCGAGGGUGGUUGAGCGUGUCCUCCAGCUUUCGCCUCAUUUGAUCAAUGUCCGUGACGUCGAUGGCUGGACACCAUUGUGCUCGGCUGCUCUGGCUCCCAAAAUCUUGUCUCAAUAUUUUAAACCCCCUGAGCCGGAUGGGGUGGACCAGUUCGUGACGAUUGAGAUGCUCCUCAGUCAUGAUGCUGACAGAUCCAUCCGUGUCCCUAUUGCUGGAGAGAGUUGUGACCCUCUUGCAAUAGCGAAACUGUGCGGCGCACCCGACAAAGUCACGCAACUGCUCGAACGGGAAACCAGCAAGGUGUCAGACUAG